AUGGCUAAGAUCUUGAAACAGCCGCAGAGCCAUAAUCUUCACGCGUCGUAUCCCCUUGGUCUUCCUCGGCGCAAAGAUUUCUUCUCGUCCAAUGCCUUUCUCAGUCAGAAACAGUCUAGAAAUGGUGAUUUAUCGCAGGAGUUGUCAUCGGAGACGCAGAAGCAACGCAGGAGAGGUGCCAGAAACCCGGCCGCACCUACAUCGUUACGGAGAGUGGCAGUGGAGGCACAAAGGUCGAAAGAUGGGAUCUUAUCAAAGGCUCAACUGAAAGAGCAAGGAAUCUACCAGACUAAGGUUUCAACAACUGCGCCCUCAACCUAUGCUGUAGCAGAACAAUUCGAUAUCCGCAAAGUCAGAGAUAUCCUCCAAGAGAAAGGUUUCGAGCCGGAUCCGUUUCAAACAGGCCUGUUUCCUCAAGUCGUUCAUAUCCAAGUUCCCAUAGAUUCAAUUCGACGCGUCAGUAAUCUCACCACGACCGAUCUGUCAUCCGAUGAAGUUGGCGAUGUAUUCGUUUUCCCUUCCGGCACUGUGGUGGCAUGGUCUUUGCCCGAGGGCUUUACAUCUUUUCUGGCAACUAGAACCCUUCUCCCGGCGGCGGAAGGCGCCCACAUAGAUAAUCUGGAGACCGAGGAUUUGGAAUACAUUGAGGACCCCCAACGGGAGAAUAGCAGCAUUAAAGGAGACACCAUUAUCCUUGGCACCAAGUCCGGUAAUGACGACCCGGAAUCGAAGCUCGGCCGGCAGUCCGUAGACACGGUCCUUACUAAGGUGGCAUUUUCGUCAGGGUUGGCUCGAAGUACGAAACUGGCAGUGCUUGAGACUCUGUUGGCCAAUUAUUUCGAGUCAACCAGAACAAUACCCACACUUCUAUCACAAGGCUCUCGCUUACCCUUCACAAGAGAUUUCAUCCUUCGCAAGACCGGCCAACUGCUGAGUGUGCGAGCCCAAUUGAAUCUCUAUUCGGAACUGACAGACUCAUUGCCAGAUUUAUUCUGGGAUAGCCGGCAUGAGCUAGGUCUAGAGGGCUACUACGAACAGGUAGGAAGGGCACUGGACGUGGGUAUUCGCAUCAAACUCUUAAACGAGAAAAUGGACUACGCACAGGAAAUAGCAAGCGUGCUUCGAGAGAGACUGAGCGAGACACACGGCCUCCGGCUCGAAUGGAUUAUCAUCCUCCUCAUUGCCGUUGAGGUAGGAUUUGAGGUUUUAAGGCUUUGGAAAGAACGCGCUCAUGAGCUUGAAGCCAAAGCUGAAUUAAGCUCUGAACCUUCGUGA